AUGCGAUCCGACGAGCACACGGUCGACCCCGCCGAAGUGGAGCUGAAGCUCUUUAGCGGGCACGUCUUCGACGACGACGAUGACGACGGCAGCGCCAUGUUCACGGACGAGGAAGCCUCGGCGGCGGCCUACAAGCUGGUGGCCGGCCGGCCGGCUCGGCGUAAAGCCUCGGGGGAGUCAUCGUCGGCGAUGGCUCUGCACGCGGUGAAGCGGGCGGCGGUGGGAGUGGGCGCGCGAGCGCUCUUCUACCCGACGCUGGCCUGCAAGCUGGUGGCUCGUGGUAAAGCCUCGUCGUCGGCGACGACGCUGGACGCGGCGAAGCACGCGGCGGUGGGCGUGGGCGCGCGGGCGCUCUUCUACCCGACGCUCGCCUACAGCAUGGCCCGGAACCAACUCUCGUCGGACUACCACUGGUGGGACGCCGUCGACGGCACCCACGUCCUGCUCGGCGCCGUGCCGUUCCCGAGCGACGUGCCGCGGCUCCACGCCCUGGGCGUCACCGCCGUCGUGACGCUCACCGAGCCCUACGAGCGGCUCGUGCCCACGUCGCUGUACAAGCAGCACGAGAUGGAGAACCUGGUGCUGCCGACCACGGACUACCUCUACGCGCCGUCGCAGGACGACCUCCGCCGCGCCACGGCCUUCAUCCACGGCAAGGAGGCCGGCGGCGGGCUCACCUACGUGCACUGCAAGGCCGGCCGCGCGCGCAGCGCCACGCUGGUCAUGUGCUACCUGGUGCGGUACAAGGGGAUGACGGCGGUGGAGGCGUACGACAAGGUGCGGUCGUGCCGGCCCAGGGUGUCGCUGGCUCCGGCGCAGUGGCAGGCGGUCCGGGACUUCGACGACUUCUACCGGCGGCCGCCGGCCGCUGGCUCGGAGUGA